AUGGAUGCCCAUACUGGACGCAGCCUUGGUGAAUUUCAUAUUGCUCCACCAACUAAGAAAUGGUCGUUCGUAGGGAUCAGCUACAGUCAACAAACUGGCAAUUUGGUGAUGUGGGUCGAUGGUAAUGUUGUCAUCAAGAAUGUCGGAGCCAUAGGACUCCGAGACAUGUUGGGUGAUUUGUACGUUGGACUCAGGCCGGCAAAUGGUGGGUCCAAAUUCACGGGAAAGCUGGCCGGAACAACGCUGAUGAGAUGUGCAGUCAGUGGUAAGACCCAGAUCGAGGAACUUAGGAAGCUGAUCAUAAGUAGAGCCAAACCUGGUGGUAUGUCGAGCUGUGGCUCGUGGCUUCUUCUCGGACCUAGGAUCGAGUCCAAACCAAGCGGCCUUGGUGGCCUAACCCUAUCUACCGUAGGAGCCACAACUCUCACCACCGGCCCUGAAGGUAUCAACGCAUGGGUUUUCACCGGGCAUAACUACGUCAAGAUAACCAGUGACGGAAAGCUGGAUAUUGAGCGUGAUAGUUUCACAAUCGCGACUUAUCUUUACCAAGACGUACUUAGAGACGAAGCAAUCGUGGAGUGGAGAGGAAGAGGAGAUUUCGGAACUCACAUGUGGAUUUAUCAAGAAAAGCUUUUGAUCAACAUGGAUGCCCAUACUGGACGCAGCCUUGGUGAAUUUCAUAUUGCUCCACCAACUAAGAAAUGGUCGUUCGUAGGGAUCAGCUACAGUCAACAAACUGGCAAUUUGGUGAUGUGGGUCGAUGGUAAUGUUGUCAUCAAGAAUGUUGGUGCCAUAGGACUCCGAGACAUGUUGGGUGAUUUGUACGUUGGACUCAGACCGGCAAAUGGUGGGUCCAAAUUCACGGGAAAGCUGGCCGGAACAACGCUGAUGAGAUGUGCAGUCAGUGGUAAGGCCCAGAUCGAUGAACUUAGGAAGCUGAUCAUAAGUAGAGCCAAACCUGGUGGUAUGUCGAGCUGUGGCUCGUGGCUUCUUCUCGGACCUAGGAUCGAGUCCAAACCAAGCGGCCUUGGUGGCCUAACCCUAUCUACCGUAGGAGCCACAACUCUCACCACCGGCCCUGAAGGUAUCAACGCAUGGGUUUUCACCGGGCAUAACUACGUCAAGAUAACCAGUGACGGAAAGCUGGAUAUUGAGCGUGAUAGUUUCACAAUCGCGACUUAUCUUUACCAAGACGUGCUUAGAGACGAAAUAAUCGUGGAGUGGAGAGGAAGAGGAGAUUUCGGAACUCACAUGUGCAUUUAUCAAGGCAAGCUUUUGAUCAACAUGGAUGCCCAUACUGGACGCAGCCUUGGUGAAUUUCAUAUUGCUCCACCAACUAAGAAAUGGUCGUUCGUAGGGAUCAGCUACAGUCAACAAACUGGCAAUUUGGUGAUGUGGGUCGAUGGUAAUGUUGUCAUCAAGAAUGUCGGAGCCAUAGGACUCCGAGACAUGUUGGGUGAUUUGUACGUUGGACUCAGGCCGGCAAAUGGUGGGUCCAAAUUCACGGGAAAGCUGGCCGGAACAACGCUGAUGAGAUGUGCAGUCAGUGGUAAGGCCCAGAUCGAGGAACUUAGGAAGCUGAUCAUAAGUAGAGCCAAACCUGUGCCAACCCUACAAUGCACAGAUGAUGUUGCAAAGAGAUGGAUAGGGGAUAAAUGUGUCAACCGCUGUGCUCCAGAGGAGAUCUGGGAUAACACCAAGAAGAUCUGCACACCGAGGUGCACCGAGUCUCAGUUAUGGAACAUCCCGACCAAACGAUGUGUAGACAGGUGUAAACCUUCUGACAUGUUGAAGAAAGGAGACUGUGUUGCUCGUUGUACUCCACCGAAAUCAUGGGAUCUCAGAUUGAAGAGUUGUACAGAAAAAAUCUGCACCUGCAAGGCUUGGGGAGAUCCCCAUUACCAUCGUUACGACGAUUUUACCAGAAUGAUCGACUUCAUGGGUGUCUGUAAAUACGUCUUCUCCAAGACGACCAACUCUGACGUCGCGUGUUCCUUCUCCAUUGAGGUGAAGAACGAAUAUCGAGGCAACACAAUUGUGUCUUUCGGUAGGAUGAUGGACCUGAAGAUGGGAGGUUUCGUUGUCAGACUUCACAAGGACGGAUGGACUAGGGCGAAAUCAAAAUACAAGCAAUGUUCAGUCAAUAUACUGAAGUGUAAUGGUAUUUUUACCGGCUAA